AUGUCGUUCCGGAGUAUUGUUCGUGACGUGAGGGAUGGGUUUGGAAGUUUAUCUAGGCGGAGUUUUGAGGUAAGGCUUCCUGGACAUCAGAAGGGGAAGUCAAGAAGUUCGGUUCAUGAAUUGCAGGAUCAGGCUCCUGUUAUACAAAAUAGCCGGUGGGCGAGUUUACCGCCGGAGCUUCUUCGCGAUGUUAUUAAGAGAUUGGAAUCGAAUGAGAAUACUUGGCCUAGCCGGAAACAUGUGGUUGCGUGUGCUGCGGUGUGCAAGUCGUGGAGAGAAAUGUGCAAAGAAAUUGUUGGCAGUCUUGAGUACUGCGGGAAGAUUACUUUUCCUGUUUCCCUAAAACAGCCUGGGUAUAGGGAUGGUCCAAUCCAGUGUUUCAUCAAGAGAGACAAAUCUAAGCUGACAUACCACCUUUUCCUUUGCCUUAGUCCCGCCUUGCUUGUUGAAAACGGAAAAUUCCUUCUCUCUGCUAAACGCACCAGAAGAACGACUUGCACUGAGUAUGUUAUAUCGAUGGAUGCAGAUAACAUAUCGAGAUCUAGCAGCACUUACAUCGGAAAGCUUAGGUCUAAUUUUCUUGGAACCAAGUUCAUAAUUUAUGAUACACAGCCUUCCUAUAACAAUUCUCAGUUGGCGGCUCCACCUGGACGCAGCAGCCGUAGAUUCUACUCGAAAAAAGUUUCUCCAAAGGUCCCUAGUGGCAACUACAACGUGGCACAGGUCACCUAUGAGUUGAAUGUCCUCGGCACAAGAGGCCCUCGGAGGAUGAAUUGCACUAUGUACUCAAUCCCUGCAUCAUCUCUCGAGCCCGGUGGCGUUGUCCCUGGCCAGCCAGAGCUCAUUUCUCGCUCCCUCGAGGAUUCUUUCCGUAGCUUAUCCUUUGCAAGAUCAAUCGAUAACUCAACCGAGUUUAGCAGCUGUAGAUUCUCGGACAUAAUGGGAGCUAGCAUAAUGGGAGAUAGCAAUGAAGACGAGGAGGGAAAGGAGAGACCUCUAGUUCUUAAGAACAAGUCUCCAAGAUGGCAUGAACAGCUGCAAUGCUGGUGCCUUAACUUUAGGGGACGCGUGACUGUCGCGUCCGUCAAGAAUUUUCAGCUGAUUGCUUCAACACAGCCUGCACCUGUCGCUCCUCGUGCUACAACAGGACCUGCGCCGUCACAACCAGCACAAUCUGACCAUGACAAGAUUAUUCUUCAGUUUGGUAAGGUCGGCGAGGACAUGUUUACAAUGGACUAUCGAUACCCUCUCUCGGCGUUUCAGGCUUUUGCGAUAUGUUUGACUAGCUUUGACACAAAACUGGCAUGUGAAUAG